CGCUCAGGAGCUCAAGUGAACGCUUCUCAUAUGGCUGCUACGGCCACUCCUCCUGGAACAACAGCGCUCUGUCCUACAACGCUGUAAAUGACACAACAGCGACCUAAAAGUGACGUGAGACGACUUUGAAGGACUUCAGCUGUAUCGCAACUUCAUGCAGGAGGCGUUUGUCCGCAGUGCCGCCCGUCCGAGGUUUUGGGAGAGCAGAGAUCUUGCACGCGCUUCCUUCAAGCCGCUGUUGUGUGUACACUCUCACGCGACACGGUUAACUUAAUUUAUGGAUUAUUCAAGCCAUCAGACCCUUUGAAUGGAUGUUUUUUUCGCUAAACAAUGAUCUCUGUCCUUGGAAUAAACACUAAAACCUUCGCUGCAUCUUAAAACCCAUUAUUAUUGUAUUUAUGCUGUCCAAAGUCGCAUGAUCCUCGCGCACUUUUCAAUAAAGAGUGAGUGUUACUUGUAACAUACAGCGCGAGGAGAUAUUUGAGAGCUGUUUUUACAUAAUACUGACGAUUGUAUUUAUUUAGGCAUAGAGGAAUAAAGGUUGCUUGCAUAAAACAGCACUGUAUCUGAAGUCUUUGUCCCCGGAGCCUUUGGAGAGAUGGAGGGACAGGAUGGCAAAGGGAAUAAUAAUGAUACUAAUCCAAAUGCAGAGAAGAAACUUGGACUCUGGUACAUGGGCUGGUCAUCUCUGGACAGACGGACCACUCUGCCCAUGCUGCCUUGGCUGGUAGCUGAGAUCCGGAGGAAAAGUGAGAAGAACGAGUCUGGUCCCGCACAGGCCAGAGAAGUGCAGCUGUGCCUCUCACCUCCUCUGAUCCGAUGCGUGCCUGCAAGUAGCCGCAACUCGUCUGUGUUAAUAUUCGAGCAUAAAGCACAGUUUAUAUCUAGGUUCAUCCACAAUAGUAAUGACCUCUCAUAUUUUGCCUACCUUAUCAGAAGUCAACCUGAGAACCCUGAGUCUGAGAUGGCAUGCCAUGUGUUCAAGGCAUGUGAUCCAAACCAGGUGCCUGAGGUUAUAAGCAGCAUUAGACAGGUGUCCAAGGCUGCUCUUAAAGAGGAAAGCAAGCCCAAGCAAGAGACUGACGAGUCUUUCUACAACUCUCAGAAGUUUGAGGUGCUUUACUGUGGAAAAGUGACAGUCAACUGCAAGAAAGCCCCCUCCACACUGAUCGACGACUGUUUCGACAAAUUCCGUCAGCAUGAGAUUGAACGCAAACGCCUGCGACUCCUUAAUGGCCAGCGUAGCUCUACCGAGACCCCUGUGGAUUUCAUCUUGGGGGACGACCCUCUGAGUUCCUCCCUCUCUGAAGUUGACGAACCCCAACCCAAGCCCAGCUUGAUUGAGGAGGAGCUGCAUGAGGUGGGCAAUGGGAAACUGGACUUGAUGAGCGCUUCCAGUGUGGGUAGCCUUCGAGGGGCCUUUCCUGAAUGCAUCUUGGAGGAUUCAGGGUUCGGGGAGCAGGAAUUCCGUACACGCUGUAAUAGCCUGGCUAGUAACCUGCAGAAAAGGUCCAGAGAGGCAGCAGGCAAGGGGUCGACUCGUAGGAGACAUGCUAGCGCACCCAAUAACGUGCAGCCGUCAGAUGCCGACAAAAAUCGUACAAUGCUGUUCCAGGUUGGUCGGUUUGAAGUGAAUCUCAUCAGUCCUGACAGCAAAACUGUGGUUCUGGAGAAGAAUUUUAAGGACAUCUCAUCCUGUUCACAGGGAGUUAAACAGACAGAUCACUUUGGCUUUAUUUGUCGUGAUGUGGAAGAGUCGGGCUCAAGCCAGUAUGUGUGUUAUGUGUUCCAGUGCGCUAGUGAGUCUUUGGUGGAUGAAGUGAUGCUCACCCUGAAACAAGCCUUCAGCACGGCAGCAACACUACAGAGCUCUAAGAACCAAAUCAAACUGUGCGAGGCUUGUCCAAUGCACGACCUACACAAACUGUGCGAGAGGAUUGAAGGCUUGUAUCCUCCCAGGGCAAAACUAGCAAUUCAGAAGUACCUGUCCCAACUGAGUGACAACGAGCAGGUCAAUGUUUUCGAGAGUGUGCAGAAAAUGAAGCCAACAUCAGACCAGGAAGAAAACGAGCUUGUGAUUCUUCAUCUCCGACAGUUGUGUGAGACCAAGCAGAAAUCUCACGUUCAUAUAGGAGAAGCUCCACGGCAGAAUUCUUCUUCCGGUGCCUUGACCUCUGAAAACAGUGCAGGCCUUAACAAACUGGACAUGUUGAAGAACAAAGCUAAGAGUUCUCUGACAAGCUCCCUGGAGAACAUCAUCUCACGGGGGGCCAACCGAAUGCGUAUGCAUCUGGGCAGCAGGGGAAGCUUUGACCGAUGGGGUGUGAAAUGUGAGGUGUGUGUGUUGCAGGGCGACUCACCUGGUGAUUCCCCACCUGGGACUCCACCCAGUUACGCUGAGGACGAUCCAGAUGCCCCGCAGUUCCGUCGCAGGGCACACACCUUCAGCCACCCGCCCCUCAAGAAGAAGAUCUCCUUCACUGAGGUUUCGUCCCAGGGCUGUAAGGCUCCACUGCACAGGCAACAGUCUUUGGCCCCAGAGCUGCUACAGAGCAGUGGUAAUGGGGAGGGCAGGAAGAGGUCUCUGUCAGCUUGUAGCACUGAUUCUUUAACCGUGGUACAUCCACGCAGAGUUUCCUGGCGUCAGAAGAUUUUCCUGAGGGUGGCGUCACCCAUGAACAAACCCUCAGCAUCUAUGCAGAAUGUAGACCACAUGGACAGCCGGGAGCUGCUGCCACUGUCUCCUCGGUCUUUGGACCAGGAUCCUAAUGCCAGCCCCCUGUCCCCAGAGCAGGGCUUUGGUGGAGAGAGUGGCCGGCGCUCCUCAGCUGACUACAGGGCCCUGUGGAAGAAAGCCAUCCACCAACAGAUUCUGCUCAUCCACAUGGAGAAGGAGAAUCAGCGCCUGGAGGCCAGCCGUGAUGAACUGCACAUCCGUAAGAUGAAGCUGGACUACCAGGAAUUGUGUCAGUGCUUAAAAGAGGUGCAGGCCUUGUGGGACAGGAAGUUGAGCAGUCCCUGCCGUACUAAAAUACAGUGGGACAAGGAUGAGAUCCACAAUGCUGUCUGCCAGGGUGUCCCUAAAAGUCGGCGAGGGGAGGUUUGGCUCCUGCUCUCCCAGCAGUACCGUCUGCGUCACCGUCUGCCGCAGCGGCAGCAGCCUCCAGAUACGCCUUAUCAGGAUCUGCUCAAGCAGCUUACAGCACAGCAGCACGCCAUCCUGGUCGAUCUCGGCCGGACGUUCCCCACACACCAGUAUUUCAGCACUCAGCUUGGUGCUGGGCAGCUGUCUCUGUAUAAUAUACUGAAGGCAUACUCCCUGUUGGACACAGAGGUGGGCUACUGCCAGGGCAUCAGUUUUGUAGCUGGUUUGCUGCUGUUGCAUAUGAGUGAAGAACAGGCUUUUGACACCCUCAAGUUGCUCAUGUAUGACCUAGGCAUCAGACGGCAAUACUGUCCCGACAUGAUCUCUCUGCAGAUCCAGAUGUACCAGCUGUCCCGACUGCUGCACGACUAUCACCGUAACCUGUACACACACCUGGAGGAGCACGAGAUCUGCCCCAGCCUGUACGCCGCGCCCUGGUUUCUCACUCUCUUUGCCUCUCAGUUCCCGCUCGGCUUUGUUGCCCGUAUAUUUGACCUCCUGUUUGUCCAAGGCACAGAGGUGAUUUUUAAGGUGGCCUUGUGUUUGCUGAGCAGCCACGAGGGAGAGAUACUGGAGUGUGACGGCUUUGAAACCAUUGUGGACUACCUUAAAUCUACCAUUCCCACCCUCACUCACAGCCAAAUGGAAGAGACAAUAACCAAGGCUAUCGAGAUGGACAUCUCAAAGCAGCUGCAUGCAUAUGAGGUGGAGUACCAUGUCCUGCAGGAUGAGCUGGCAAAUGCUCCUCCACCAUCAGAGGAAUCUGAUAGACUAGACAAGUUGGAGAAAGCCAAUGCCCAGCUCAAGAAACAGAACAUGGACUUACUGGAGAAACUGCAGGUGGCUCGUUUGAAGGUUCAGACCUUGGAGAGCAGCGUGGAAAGCUUCCUGUCACGUGAGAGCAAGAUGAAACACAUGAUCCGUUCUCUUGAGCAGGAGAAAGCUUCCUACCAGAAGACCAUCGAGCGCAUGCGUAGCAGUUUGCCCCUGGAAGCCGUGGCUGAUGUGGAGAUGACACAACUGAAGUCCAGCACUAACAGAAAAGCCAAAGCAGCUAGUAAAAAGCCUUGAACUGACCAGCACAUUUCUGACGAAAGGGCACAACCCCCUCCCCUGACUGUGGUGCUUGAAUCCUGAGAGAUUGAGUCAACAGCUUUAUGUAGAAGACAGUGCAACAGGGUUGAUGCCUUUUACAUUUCACUACAUGCUUGUAGGCCAGGUGUAGAGUGAUAAGCAUCACCGCACCCAAAUAAGAAUGUCUGCUGCUUCCUCAUUUACUUCCCCAAAGUGCUUCACUCUUUAUUGCCUAAUUGAAUCGUUUCCUUUGUUUGAGAGUUGGGAAUGUUUGAAAUAGAGGACACUUUGCUGCCACAUUGUUCAGAGUACUUGAAAACAAUACAAAAGUAUUUUCUUUCCAAAGAGCAGCAUGACUUGUUGGUGUAUAAGGCUUGAUGCAUUAAUGUCUACUACACGUGGACAACCAGAGAGUUGUUCACUGUGAAGGUUCUUUUUACCCAACACUCCACAAGGGUUGGACACUGACUCAAUUGAGGAAACCAAAUAUUUACCAGGUCGGUCUUUUGCUUAAAGUGCUUCACCUAAAGUGCAGGAGGUGCACCAUCUGCUGCUGGAUUUCCUUUUUUCAAAUGGUCCUGCUGCCGAGACUCCUCGAUUUGGAGCUCUGGAUCGCCUGUUUCGAAAUGGGCUUCAGACAUAUCACUGUCUGAAGACAUGAAGAGUAACAUGUCUUUACACUGUCACCUUCCUUAUUGCACAGUAUUCUGGGUGGAAUGCAAAAGUGUGCCUAAGAAUGCGGUGUAUUAUACUUUACCAUAAAGAUGGCAAAGAUGUAUGCGUCUUUCAAAUGGUUGCCUUAAUUCUGCCAAUCAUACAAAAAACAUUGUUUGAUUUUCCUUCCAAAUUAUAAUUUGUCUUUUGUGUCACACCAGAAACUGCACUUGACAUAUACACAAAUAUGUUUGUAGUGUUAUAUAAGAGUUUAGGGGUCACGGCUUAUGUCAUAAUAUUCCUGUGUCUUGAAGAGUUGCAGUGCAAAGAAGUCAACUGAUCAGUAAUUUUGUCUUGUUUUUUAGUAAAAAUAUCUAGACAUACUAAAAAAUAAAUGUACUUAAGAAGCAAAAUUGCAUGAUUAUAAAAAUGUAUGAAUUAAGUUUAUUGUUGCAAAAUGUCCGCUAUCUAAUACAAAAUCGAAUAAAAUUCAGCAAGGUUAAAGCUUAAAACAAGAAAAAGCUAUUUGCCAAUUGAGUUAAAAUGUAUUUAAAGAUAUAUUAUCUGAAAAUAAAUCUUAAUAUUUUAUAAUGUGUUGCUUCUCAUGUAAAUGUAGUUUGUUAAGGAUGUUAAAAUAUUUUUACUAGAAAACAAGACAAAAAUUAAGUUUCUGUUGUUCAAUUGGAAGAGCAUGGCGCUAGCUAUGCCAUGCUGCAAAAAAAAAAAAAAAAAAAAAAAAAAAACAA